GCUCAUCUCUUUUAAUUUAGCGGCCAGGCCGUGGGAAGCCGGCAAAAGACAAGCCGGCAAUGUAAUCAAUUGUCGUGGCGCUGUCCGGGGCUUGGUUUUCUCUGACCAGACCACAGCAACCAAAUCAGCAAAAACGCGCCUGCGACGAUUCACACAAUAGCCAAACAACGCCAUUGUCACAAGACCUCAAGACCUGCUACUUCGCGCUCGACCUUCACCCUCAGUACCGCCGGCGUUGGCUCGACGAUGCCGGCUUGGCCUCCCACUCGGCGCGCCGUGAACUGAACCGACCGACCCACCGUGCAACGUGUGCCGACAGAUACGGAGUGACAGCGCAGCGGCCCUCGUGAAAUGGUCUGACGUUGCGCGUGAAAGCGUUCCUCGGCAAUCAUGGGGUUAGUGCUGUCUAUAUGGAGGGUGGUGGUGGACGUGGCUACGUUCUGGCGCAAGAAGCUCUUGAGCUGGUAUACGCGAAAGAACCCUGUCAAGCUGUGGCUUGAGCUGCUGCGCAAUGCAGAGACGUUUGAGGAUUGGGAGGAGGCGGCACUUCAUCUCGACAACUUGCUGGGACUCGACCUGUGGAGGAAUAAUCCGACAUCUAAAUAUUACGAUUGGGCGCUUAUAACAGAACGUCUAGACUCCUUAAUAAUCGCACGAGAAGAGAACAACUAUGAGCAGCUCGUCAACUUGCUUCGCUCGGGCCUCGUACGCAACCUCGGGAAUAUUUCCGUACCGAAGCUAUAUAAUCGAUCUUUCUCGGGGACAAAAUACCUGAUUGAAGAAUACAUCGCCCAAGUGGCCGAAUCAGUGGAAGACAUAAGCACUCUUCCAACGAGUGCCGCGUCUGGCCUGUAUGCUCAUGACAAAGCAUUAACAAAUCAGAUGAAGUUGGAUUUCAUCCAUGAUACAAGACAGGCGUUUGGGCGGAGUACACUGGUCCUUCAAGGUGGCGCCAUCUUUGGUCUUUGCCAUCUUGGAGUGGUCAAAGCCCUGUUCCUCAGAGGCCUAUUGCCGCGAAUCAUCACCGGAACGGCGACUGGUGCAUUGAUCGCAGCGUUGGUAGCCAUACAUACCGAAGAGGAGCUACCAGGCGUUCUCCGGGGCGAUGGCAUCGAUCUCAGUGCCUUUGCAUCCAAGGGGAGAAAUGAGGAUGGCCAAAUUCCUGCUCAGCAGUCACUAGGCUCGCGAUGGAAUACUCUAAUGCGAAGAAUUCGACGGUUCUCGAGGGAGGGCUACUUCUUGGACGUUACCGUUCUUGAGGAAUGCGUGAGAGCAAAUGUUGGCGACUUAACAUUCGAGGAGGCGUAUAAUCGCAGCAAAAGAGUCCUGAAUAUAACCGUGGCGACUGAUGGUCAGGGGGCUGGUGUCCCGACUCUCUUAAACUAUAUCACUGCGCCGAAUGUGUUGAUUUGGACGGCCGCUGUCGCCUCGAAUGCAUCUUCGCCCUCUUUAUAUGGCCAUUCCAAGGUCACAAUUCUGUGCAAAGAUGCGCAUGGCAACAUUGUUCCUUGGGCUCCGGCAAACACAACCGACUUCCGCCACUGGACUCAUGCUUCCUACACAGACCGUGAUUCCCCUCUUAGACGGAUUGCCGAGCUGUUCAACGUGAACCAUUUUAUUGUUAGUCAAGCUAGGCCUUAUCUGAUUCCCUUUUUACAAUCUGAUAUGCAUGGACCAUCUCUACUGGAGACUCGAAGCAAGACGACCCAGCUUUCGGCUUUUCUCGUUCGUAUGGUGGGACUCGAAAUAAGGCACCGCCUGCGGCAGCUGGAUUCGCUCCGUCUUGUACCGGCGAGUAUCCGUCGCUUCUUGAUAGACGAGCAAGUGCCUGCGGCAUCGAUGACGCUGGUACCUGAAGUUACUGCUAGUGACUUUGUUCGCCUGCUUGAGACACCCACUCAAGAUACUCUGAAUUAUUGGAUAUUGAGGGGUGAGAGGAGUGUGUGGCCCGCGGUGGCGGCGCUCAAGAUACGGUGUACUGUUGAGAACGAAUUGGAUCGGUCUUAUCAAGUUGUGCGGAAGCUCAAAGCAGGCGACUUGAGGCGCAAGGGAAGCAUGGCAGGAUUCACUGAUAGCGGGCGUUAAGGUAGCAUCAUGGCUUUUUGAGAAUAUUUCUCUAACAUUCUUAAUUAUAUAAUAUUUUCUCUUAGAUUAGUCUUAUGGAAGUAGAACUUGGGUGUUUGGUUGAGCUGCAGGAUACAUGCUGCAGUUCGUUUGGAUAUCAACGAUAAUAAAUUUCAAGUAUCUAAAGAAAAGCAGCUUAUAUUACACAUAAGUUGCCAGUAACAGGGUUACCCUAUUCAGGUAAUAAAAUUAAAACGGAUGGCGAUAAUAAAAAAAAAAUUAUUUGUUAUAUAUAGAGACGAGCUUGAUUGAAAGACGAGAUAACUUAAC